AUGUUCAAGGAAAACGACAAAGUGAAGAGUGAGUGCAUGAUGGUAUUGAAGGCAGAAGUUAAGACACUCGAGGACCAGCUGGAGAAGCUUGGCGACCAGAAGGAGAAGGCUGAGACGGCGUACUGCGCUCUGGAGACGGAGUUGAAGGAGUUAAAUGGCCGGUUUGAGAUGCUGCGGCAGCAGACGAACGAGGGAAAGGCUGCGCAGGUGGAGGUGUCCAAGUUGCGCAGCGAGAACGAGGAGCUUGAGCAGGAUUUGGUGAAGAUGGUGGAGUGUUGUUCGGAAUACAAGAAGGUGAUAGAAGAGCUUAAGUCAAGAGUGGUAAAGCGGCGGCCGAAGCACCAGUCGUUGACGUUUAAGUUGUCUAUUGUGGAGUCGGAGUCCGUGGUUGUGCGUCAGAGCGUGGCCUGUCAGGUUACCUUGCCGGACGCUCCGGGCCGGCACGCUGCGUCUUCACCGUUGUCUCGGUCGUCCUCAGUGUCGGUUUUGGGUGGGCCGGGGGAAUGCAGUGCGCGGUUGCAGGCGAAGUUGCAGCGGCUGGAGGAAGAGCGCGGUGAGCUUGACGAGUUGCUGUACCUGGCGCGCGAGGAGAAGCGGUUGUUGAAGAGCGACGUGGCGCGGUUGACGUCUGACCUGCGCAAACGCGAGCAACGUGUGGCAGAGCUGGAGUUUAUGUUGGAGUGUGAGGCCGAGUAUCAGCGGCGUCAGGUGCCCACUUCACUCGAGUGCAAGGUCGAGUCGAGCGGCGAGACGCUGUCGACGGUCGACGCGAGCAGGGAGUCGUUUGGCUGGCUGCGAAAUGUCUUUGGCCGUAACACGCCCACCUUCGGCAACAGCUGUGAACCCGUUCCGCGGUGA